AUGGAGGACAUCCGACCGACCGCAAAAUGGGCAAAUCGCAUGUUGCGCCCAUUGACGUCUAUAUACCAUCGAUUAGAAAAGCAUCAUGAAAUCGUCACAAGUGUACUGAUUUCUAAAGCGAAGGAGAGGACCGAUGCCGUGCCUGAUGUCGAACAACGGACGCGUCUGCCGACCAAAACUCAAGGGACCGAGCGCGGAUGCAGUUACCCGGACGACGACGAAGAACCGAAUGAUCCCGCAUGGAUACCCGGGAAGCCCAUGGACAAGCGGAGGAUAAGACAUAAUUAUUCCAGCCGGGGACGAGGGGCAGCGGCAGGGCCGCGGAGGCGCAGUCGACUGUUGAUUCGAAGUCCCGAGGUACCGAAGACGCUUCCUGGAGCAAUUGAAAUCGCGACGCCGUUGAUUACGGGGAAACUUCGCGGCAGUCCCUUGGUGGAGGCUUCGCCAUCGCUAAGGAUGCAGCUUUUUCAGAACCAUCUGGCGGACAAUGGCGUGGGAAGUUCGGCGGAGCAUCGAAAAACUGGACGAACGAAUCAUUCUGCUUUCCGGCCAUAUCAAGGGUCAUGGAAGGAGGUUUUGGAUCAAUCUGGAGAUCCAGGGCUUGUGGAUAUUGCACAUUUAUUGGAUCGCAUCUUUUUGAAGUUUUUGGGGAAUACCCGGGUUGCGCCGCAAGUUGACGGUGCUCAGCGAGGAGCUCGAUCGUUAUUGUCGAUGGCUGUGCGUCGCCUCCCGGAAUUCAUCGCCAAUGAACAGCGGAUACAGGAUGAGUUAGAUGAGGACUGUGAUGUGGAUAUGUGCGACGCGUAUUUCACUGAGUUGGAGGCCUCUUAUGCACCCGGUGAGCUUGGGUGGCAACCACUUCGAGAAGCUGUGCGUGCACAAGGGAUCUAUCUAGUUUCAGGCAUGAUAGAGAACCGAUGGAUAACAUCGAUCGCGGCCUGUCGAUUGCUUGAAGAGUGUUUGAAGCAUCAAGAGCUAGACGCUUUCGAAGCCUUGGAAACAAAACUGCUCGCAAGUAUCGAUACGUACCAUCACCCGUCCGCAUUCGAUCCUCCACGACCACCCGGCCAGCGAGACUCCAUUCGCUUACUGGGGCUUUAUUAUCUACGACAUCCGACCCGACAUGUUUAUGUCUUUCAACAGCUGACUAGACUCCUAACGCGUGGCGCCAUUCCGCCCGAAUGGAUGGUCACCACAUUAUGGAAGAAAUGCGUGGACAAAGCAAUCAAGUCGGUAUCAACCGAAGAUCGCGGCUACGCUGCUGCGAGGCAAUUGAUUGAGGCUGUGAUUCUCUCGUCGGCCGGCAUCUAUUCGGCAACGGGGUCAAGGGAGGCAAAGGGGGACCACAACCAAGCGCUCCGCCCAGUGCGACCUCGAGAGACUCGCACAGCCGGAACGACAGGAGUCUCAAGUUCCUGUCCUAUUCCUAUCCAAGAUGCACUCAGCAAUCUCAUUUCUAGCCUCUUCACGGCUCUCUGUGGAAUGUGCAUCGCACGGUCACAGGUGCCUGAUUCUGUUGAGAAUUCUGCAGGGUUGAAAACGCGAGAGAUGGUCAGUGACCUGGCGUUUACCGUUCAACGAGCGAUUGGCAAUGAGCCGGUGGCCGUCGACUUGGAACAACCUACAUUCCACCCUUUACGACGUAGCUAUGCGCUGUUGGCAGAUUGCACACUACACUGCGGCAAGAGCGUAACUCCUGAUAUCAUAUAUCACUCUGAAUAUGUUUCGAGACGCAAUAUCGAGUCAUUCUUCAAGGCGCUAGCCCCACGGCAAGAAGUGGUCAAGGAGCUGGCAAGACUUGUGUCGCAGGUGUUUCACCUUUCUGGACACACACAGGAACAAGGCCCUGCCCGUACUCCUAGGGAAAUCCGAGCUAAGGUCUCGCAGCUUGCUCAGUUGACCAGCGCCACAGGGGUUGCUCUGCUGUUGGGCAAGGUCGCUACAGAGACCGCCAUGGAACUGGCGGAGAGGAGCCUGGAUCCCGAUGACCACACUUGGGCCGUUGAAAUCCAAGAGACGGUUGCUUCGUCUCAAGAGGGCGAAGCCUCUCAACAGUCGCCCUCCUCUAGCCAAUUAUACGCAAGCUUAUAUAGGUGGGAAGAUAGCAUUGGCGAGUGGGUGGCAAGGACUCCAGCGGCCCGAUCCCGAGCUGUCACCACUGCUGUUCCCGCAAGGGCUCAAGUUAGGAAGCGGGGUCGACCACGGGUGAUUGCUUGCUCGACAGAUAGUUCCUCGGCCAGCUCUAUUUGCUCGGAGGAGAACGUUUCAAGUGUGACAUCGUCUGCGCCAUCCCCUCAACCGCAGGUGCCUGCUGCCACAAAGCCGCGAGUGAGAAGAAGAGGACGACCGCGACUUGUUGCACGCUCGGCGAGUAGUUCCCGCGCGAGCUCGAUGAGUUCGGAGGAAAGCGUCUCAAGUGAUGAUUAUGAGGAAUCAACCUUCGCUCUUGCCGCAAAGCCACAGAUGAGGAGGAGAGGGCGACCGCGGCGCACUGCACCUUUGACGAAUGGCUCCCGCGCGAGCUCAGUUUUCUCGGAAAAGAGCGUCUCAAGUAACACAACUUCGUCAUCGGAAAAGCCAGUGAGCGUUCCCGUCGUGGAGCCUCAAGUGAGAAGGAGAGGGCGGCCGCGACUUAGUGCACGCUCGACGAAUAUUUCGGCCGCGGAAUCGAGCCCGGAGAAGAGCAUUUCGAGUGUUACAUCAUCAUCGCCAUCCGUCUCAAGAAAAAGGCCAAGUGCAAAUCAAGGUUCAAGCCCCCGGCCGUUCAAGAAGACUUACAACACGCGAUCUGUGGAGCGAGUAGUGGGUGAAGAUGGCGAUUCGGCCAACAGACUCGACUCUUCGUCAUAUCAAGCUUCAUCUGUCACAACGCACGUUCCAGUAGCCGCCCGGACGAGGACCGGGCUCAGGGGCGCGUUGCAAAAGAAUUCGGUGGGUCAGGGGAAUUCAAUGGCGAGAAACGUCCCCGCGGGGCCAGUUCCAGGCUGUCCAGCAUUGGAGGUCGUCGUUGUCAACAAGAGCCCGUCAUCAGAUCACAUUGCGACAUCUAGAAAUCAUAUUCGGCCAAUGAAGCGCCGCGCCCGUUAUUCAACUAUUAUACCCAGGAAAAGCCCUAGGCUUUUCCGGAGAAGGCAGUCAGCUCCAGCGCGGUUUACGCGAACGAGUCUGAGGACGACAAUCCCAUGUUCGGAAGACGACAGCGACGAUGAGCUUAGCUUUCUCUAG